CGACUGUCUACUUCAGAUUUCACUUCACGGGGACAAAGGGGCUUCUCCCAGGCGAUGACAGAACCCACACCAGCCGUCCAGUCACGUCUCCCUCAGGACUGAUGGUCUGAUCCAGCUGGCCCGGCUCGUCCAUUCACGGGACCUGGCGUGAACCCUGCUGCCCUCAGCUUGUGUGGAAUGGCUGCAGUUUGGCAACAAGUGCUGGCAGUGGACGCAAGGUACAAUGCUUACCGCACGCCUACGUUCCCCCAGUUCCGCACGCAGUACAUCCGCCGGCGCAGCCAGCUGCUCCGCGAGAACGCCAAGUGUGGCUUUGAGCCGGGGCUGCGCAGGCAGUACCUGCGUCUGCGCAGCCAGCUGCUCGCCCUGCGAUACGGGCCGCUGUCAGAGCAGAGCAGCUUCAGAGCCAGCAGUGUGCGCAGCUCCCGCACCACACUGGACCGCAUGGAGGACUUUGAGGAGGACCCCCGUGCUCAGGGUGCUCGAGGUCAUCGGCGGUCAGUGAGUCGUGGUUCUUACCAGCUGCAGGCCCAAAUGAACAGAGCGGUGUACGAGGAGAGGCCUCCGGGCAGCCUGGUGCCCACUUCUGUGGCAGAGGCGAGUCGUGCUAUGGCAGGUGACACCACUCUCAGUGAGAAUUAUGCCUUCGCUGGCAUGCACCACAUCUUCGACCAACAUGUCGACUCAGCUGUUCCUCGGCUACAGUUUGCCAAUGACGACAAGCAUCUCCUUGCUUGCUGCUCGUUGGACGGCACCUUAUCAAUCAUGACUCUGUCCCCAUCCCCGCCGACUGUAAAGGUGACGCUGAAAGGACAUGCAGGGCCUGUGACUGACUUCGCCUGGUCGCUUAGCAACGACAUCAUUGUGUCCACAUCACAGGACGGCACAUUACGCAUCUGGAACACAGAGGAUGGACGCUGCAUCCGUGAAGUGGUCGAUCCAGAGGCCAGCGAGCUGCUCUGCUGCACAUUCCAGCCCAUGAACAACAACCUCACUGUGGUUGGCAACAGUAAACACCUGCUGCAGGUGGUGAACAUCUCUACAGGGAAGAAAGUAAAGGGAGGCUCCAGUAAACUGACUGGUCGGGUGCUGUCUCUCUCGUUUGAUGCUCCAGGAAGAAUCCUGUGGGCAGGGGAUGAUAGAGGGAGCAUCUUCUCCUUCCUCUUUGACAUGGCUACAGGGAAGCUGACCAAAGCCAAGAGGCUGGUGGUGAGUGAGGGAAGCUCCAUCUCCAGCAUCUCUGCCCGUUCCUGGAUCAGCCGAGAGGCUCGGGACCCUUCUUUGCUUAUCAAUGCCUGCAUCAACAAACUGCUGCUCUACAGGGUUGUGGAUAAUGAAGGCACCCUGCAGCUGAAGAGGAGCUUCCCCAUCCAGCAUAGCUCCCAGCCUCUCCAUAGCAUCUUCUGUCCACUCAUGUCCUUCAGGCAGGGAGCCUGUGUUGUGACCGGCAGUGAAGAUGCUUGUGUCUAUUUCUUCGACGUGGAGCGCAACACUAAGGCCAUCGUAAACAAGCUGCAGGGUCACAGCGGCCCUGUGCUGGAUGUCAGCUUCAACUGUGACGAGAGCCUGCUGGCCUCAUCUGAUGCAACGGGCAUGGUCAUCAUCUGGAGACGUGAGCAGAAGUAACCACAGCGACACCACACUUCCACGGCCCCAGCAACAGCAGCUUCAGUGCUUGUCACUUCCAGUCGUGUGCAAUUGACAAUUUAUAACCCUGCUGUAAAGAACGCUGACAGAGGGUCCAGGCAGAUUCACUGUGUCUGGUCUUGUGACGCUGUUCAAAAUGAGGUGGAGCUAUUUGUUUGUCUGAUGCCAGAAAGUUUCACAUAUCCUGUCACCCUUGUGCGACGUUGUUAGUUAGAGUGUUGCGCUUGCUUGAGACUAUGUGAGAAAAUACAUCAGUGCUUUACAGUCAAAAUGUAUACAUUAAGUUAAUGGCCUAACAAAGGAGAGGGUUAUUUAAUAAUGGUAUGCUAUGGAUAAUGUGAUGUGUAUGUGUGUGUAUGUAUUUGCUAGGAAGUCAUUGCUGGAGUGAGUUAGUGUCAUUGAAUGUUUUAAUAUGGAUGAGGUCAACUGGCUUACAUGACAACACUACUGUAUUUAUGCCUUGUUAAAAAGUAAUAAAUUACAUCACAUUCACUGA